UUUCCUUUCAAUUUAAACAUGCAAUGCAACCAGGAGUACGGGACGUGAAUCAAUUGAAUCAUUCUCUUCGAGCUAUUGAGCAGAUAUGUGCAUUUGCUCGAAUAUCGCUGAACCUUCAAGAAAUAAAUUCUUUUGAAGAUGCAUGCGGCAAUCUUUUAGACCUUGUCAAGGAACACCCUUACUAUCAGCCAGGCUAUGAGGAGAGUAUGCUCCUUUGUUUGAAGCUCGUAAAGGAAAACUCAGGACCUGCUCAUAUUGAUCUUGCCCUCAAGGUGUUCGAUCAAGUUCAUGAUAGCAACAAGCUGGCACCCGAGCAUCAAUUACUCAUAGCCAAUUGGUCUGAAGAAGUGCGACAAUCGAAGUUUCAGAAUCCAUUGUUAGAGGUAGCCCCCGUGCUGACAAACAAGUGGGAUUAUAUGCUGCAUGCUGAGCAUACACUAGGACCAGUCAAACUGAUUGCGAGAAAGAUGAAGACAAGCUACCCGUUUUUUAUCGGCGCCAAUGCAUUUAGCCGAUUACAUACCAAUUUAAAAGUGGAAAAUGGAGACCUUCGACCAUCUGCAUUGCUGCUUGUUCUCAAAAUUUGGAAGGCCAACUCGCAUUCUUCGCGUACAUACUGGCCCCAAAACUUAUCCAUCAUGUUGAACGGCGUUACUCUGAGUAUAGGAAUGAGGCGUCACUUGACGAAAUCAAAGCAAUCGACAGUAAACUUCACCAUUAGCAAAGAUGGUUGUAUGGAUAUCACCCCAUUGAUAGUAAAAGGGAAAAACAUACUUUUGGUGCAAAGAGACAGCAAAGAGACAGAGGAUAUCAAUCUAUUAAUUGAAACAUAUUCGGUUGAAACUGAAGAAUCUGUUGUUGAUUUGGUGAAGCAGAACAGCCUUCCGGAAAACGUCUGGCGAAAUCUCUUGAAAAAGAUGCUAGCGAGUACAUCACCAAUUGACGCACCUUCUCGAACGAGUGGAUUGCCGGGCUCUUUAACGCCUAUUAGUCAAGUACCAGAGCAAGCAGACCUACUAUUUAUCUCUCAAGAUUCCUUAAGGAUAAGUUCGCAAUGUCCAAUCACUUUAAGAACGAUACAAACGCCAGUAAGAGGGAUUGAUUGCAAGCAUUUCGAUUGUUUUGAUCUGGAAUCGUAUCUUUUGGUCAACAAAGGAAUGGCAGACUGGAAAUGCCCGCUUUGCAAUUUGUACACUCCACCUAAGAAACUGGUAUAUGAUCUAUAUCUUCAAGGCAUCUUUAGAAACAUACCAACCCGCGCAUCAGAAAUAGAGUUUCGUGUAGAUACCCAAACGACGGAUAAGAUAACCCAUGAGUUUAUAGUUGAUUCUACACCUGAUGAUCCUGACUUUCCAACUUCCACCAUAUAUCGCACAUCAAGCAAGGGAUCGGAUACCGCUACACAGCAACCAAGUGAGACUUUCACUAUAGUCGAAAUAGACGAUUGAUUAGACUUUGAUUGUUCUCUAGACGCAACAACCA